AUGGUAAUAACAACAGACUCCACGUACACUCUUUUGAAGUGCAAUUUUCCUCCCUACGGCAAGGACUUUCAAGGUGGCUUAGCCACCGGAAGAUUUUCUGAUGGAAGAGUUCCCUCUGAUCUCAUUGCGGAAAAGUUGGGAUUGGCUAAGUCACUACCAGCAUUUAUGAGCCCGAAUUUGAAGCCCCAAGAAAUUCUUAAGGGUGUAACAUUUGCAUCUGGAGGAACUGGUUACGAUCCAUUAACGGCUAUGCCGGUUGGAUGUGUACCACUUCAAAGAACAGUGUUCGGAGGAUUGUUUACUAGAGGAUGUUUUGAACCUUUAAACAACAUGGCUAAACAAUUCAAUGCAAGGCUUUCACCAGCACUAGAAUCUUUAGAUAAAGAGUUGGAUGGUGUUAUCUUCUACAUUGAUGUUUAUGAUACUCUUUUUGACAUGAUCCAACUACGCUCUUCGUCCUAUAUAUUUUGGGAUAGCUACCACCCAACUGACAGAGCUUAUCAAGUUAUUGUUGACAACUUGCUCGACAAAUAUUUAAGCAAAAUCUAUUGA